CCUCCGAGUGUAACCGAUUCAAAAUCGAUCUCACAACUUCAUAUUUAUCAGAUUCUUCUCGAACAACCACCGGAUUUUAGCUCCAGUUUCCUUCGUGAAAAACUUGUACGCAUUCUCGUUGACCUUGAUAUCCGUUCUAGGUAGUUAAAAUGAAGACAAACUUAUCGUCAAGGCAGAAAAUCGCAUUGGUGACUGCGACAUUUGCAGUGUCACUACUCGUCGUAAUAAUGAUUGCCUUCGUUACAGGCGUAACGCAACAUGGCGAUCUUAUCGUGGAACACAUGAACAGUACUAUUUCUGGUCCCCAUCGAAAGCUUCUAGCAAAUUCUUCAGAAACCGGUGAAGUGCUACCAGAGCGAAAUUGGGGGGACAAAUGCUCGAAAUCCGACAUUGUCAUUAACCAGGGGCCCACUUCUCCUCUUGCUCAUGGCAUUCCGAUCUACUCGGUGGAGAUCAUGAACAUCUGCGCCACCGGCUGUUCCAUCUCCGACGUCCACCUCUCCUGCGGCUGGUUCAGCUCUGCACGGCUGGUCAACCCCCGCCUUUUCAAACGCCUCCGCUACGAUGACUGCCUUGUGAACGACGGAAAGCCACUUGUUUCCGGCCGGACGGUGAUGUUUCAGUAUUCUAACACUUUCGCCUAUCAUCUUUCCGUCUCCUCCGUCACCUGUCGAUGACCGAUAAACGCCGACCACCGACGAGGAUAGAUGUAAUCCAGUCUGAAAAAGAUGUUUUUUUUUUUGGUGAAAUUGCAUUUUAUACCCUUCGAGAUUGAGUUUUUAAUUUUUAUUGCAGAGAGUAGAGUGAAGGACGAUGGUAUUUAUUUUGUUAGUAUGAGUUUUUAGUUUGUACUGCGGUAUUUUGUAGUACAACUCGAAUGGUUGAAAAUGCAAUUUAUUUUAAUUUGUUUCUAGUAGUGGUUUGAGG